UAAUCUUGGUGUAUACGAGGCUUCUUUGUUUGUUAAGUGACUUGACUGGGGCGAUGCACAUCAUUUAAUUUGGAUGGUAUGUUAUGGAGAUUAGUUAGAAAAGGCCAGUGAUAAAGUUUUUAGAUCAGAAAAAACAUGGCUCCAACUAGCAAGGCUGAAAAAAAGGCUGCAGCAGAUGCAGCUGCAUGGAUGUUCAAUGUUGUCACUUCUGUUGGAGUUAUCAUUGUAAACAAAGCUUUGAUGGCCACUUACGGAUUCAGUUUUGCUACUACGUUAACAGGUCUGCACUUUGUUACUACAACUUUGAUGACGCUCGUACUAAGGAUAAUGGGAUACGUCCAGCCCUCUCAUUUACCCUUGCCAGAGCUUCUGAAAUUUGUUCUAUUUGCUAACUUCUCUAUUGUCGGAAUGAACGUUAGUUUAAUGUGGAACUCGGUUGGAUUCUAUCAAAUUGCUAAGUUGAGUAUGAUCCCUGUAUCCUGCCUAUUGGAAGUUGUUUUUGACAAGAUUCGGUAUUCAAGACACACGAAACUGAGCAUAUGUGUUGUUCUUUUGGGAGUUGGUGUUUGCACUGUGACUGAUGUGAGUGUGAACACAAAAGGAUUCAUUGCUGCCUUUAUAGCAGUGUGGAGCACUUCUUUGCAACAAUAUUAUGUUCAUUUUCUUCAACGGAAGUAUUCGCUAAGUUCUUUCAACCUAUUGGGACACACAGCACCUGCACAGGCUGCAUCUCUACUGUUAAUAGGACCUAUACUAGAUUAUUGGCUAACAAGCCAACGAGUCGAUAAAUAUGACUACAACACUACUUCUUUGAUGUUCAUAAUUUUGUCAUGCACUAUUGCUGUUGGUACCAACCUCAGCCAAUUCAUCUGCAUCGGAAGAUUCACUGCCGUCUCUUUUCAAGUACUGGGACAUAUGAAGACAAUACUUGUUCUAAUCAUGGGAUUCUUCUUCUUUGGGAAGGAGGGUCUUAAUCUCCAAGUUGUUCUUGGGAUGAUCAUAGCUGUGGUUGGAAUGAUUUGGUAUGGCAACGCGUCAUCGAAGCCCGGCGGAAAGGAACGUAGGAGUCACUCCCUUCCUACCAGCAAAACAGAAACAAGAUAGUUUGACAUCAUUCACUAAUUUUGGUGUUUUAGUGGUUUCAUAUUCAAAAGUUGAGCAUACAAAAGAUUAGUCGAUAUUAGGAAAGUAUUCUUAAUUAUUUGAAAGUAUAAACUUCAUUGGUUCCAAUUGCCUCCAACCACAUUGUAAUUCUUAAAUAUUUGAUUUCUUGUUUUGGAUUCUGAGGUAUAUUGGGUGUCUCCUUAUAGUUCUUGGUUCUUGGAAAAAGAAUCUCAUCUUUACCAUAAUUAGAAGAAUAUAUUUAUAUUCUUUCAUGACAAAUCAUUUGUAAUAUGUACUUUGAUAGUGUGCAUUUUUGAGAUUGGUUUUGUGAUUCAUUUAUGAAGAAGCACAUGAAGGCAUGUGAAGAUAUCAUAAAAGCUUCUUAUCUUUUGAA